GUACCUACCAGACUGCACAUUCCAGUAGGCAUUGCUCAGCCCCCCUGAGAGGCUCACCGGGUGUGCUCCCAGCGCCUACCCCAUCCCUGCGCACGCUGGAGAAGGAGAAAAUGCUCCUCCAGCAGCGCUGAUGUCUUGAGCAAUGACGUGAUUUGGAUCUAGGAGAAAGCUCUUAGCUUCCAGAAUGGAGGAAAACACUUCCAGUAGUGGAACAGAUUCCAUAACCAGUGGAGAGAUUCCACGGAGCAGGUCAGAGGGGACUUUGAUUGAUGUGGAUGACCAGACAUCCAUGAAGGUGAAGGCACCUUCAUCCAACUACAACAUCAAUGAAAAUAAGUUGGAUUUGGAUAUUGACUGGUCUGAUGUAUUCAAACAUGCCCAGGCUGUUUCCAAGACUAAUCCUUUCUGGAAUGAACUGUCAGCUUCCAACCCUUUUGUACACGACAUAGCUGCUUCAAAUAGAAAUGAGCAUAAUAAAUACCUUUCGAUCUUGAAAGAAAAACCCUCUUUGUUCCCUGCAGUUCCCAGCAACAGGGAUUCUUUGGCUUCCUCAGGUGAUGAGCUAGAUAUUGAUUGUCUUCUAAGAAGGACUUCAGCAAGAAGAUCUGGACGGUCAAAGAGCGUCUCUGACUUCUUGGAUAUUGUGGAUAACCAAAGAUUUAAUCCCUGCAAGACAGCACCUCAGAAGACUCUGGCUUCAGACAUGAGAUGGCUUCAGAACGACCGCAAGGCCUACAAGAGGGCUUGGCUGAGCCAUCGCCAGCUCACUCGCUCUUGCCUCGAUUUAGAAGCCAUGAGCCAUAGUCCGGGGUGGGCGCAGACGCAAGCCACAGACAUUCAUGUCGUUUGCAAACUGAGUCACGAAGGGGGUUCGGUGCAGCUACCUGACUCGGAUAUCAACGUUCACGUCCCCGUCGGUCAUGUGUCACCCGGGGAAUUCCAAGAAGUCGGUUUGAAGGCUAUCCUUAACCCUCCAUCACUGUUCAACAAUGAACUCUCUAGCACCAUAAGCCCUCUGAUAGAACUUACACUGAGCAACCUCAACACGAGGGAAGCCAUUUUCCUGGAGGUGAAGGUUGCUGCGAAAGUGAAGAAUGAUCCACUCAGCCAAGUGAUGAGCGAUAUUGUGUGUUUUUGUAGCCUCAACAAAGAAGGGCCUUUCAAGAAACUAGAGAAUUGUUACACUUACCAAGAUACCAUACAAGUGAAGCUAAGCGAACUCAGCCAUGUGAUGUAUGCAGUGAUUGCUGUACAAGCAAACAAAAUCCAGCCUCCAGCUACUAAUGUCUGGGACUACGUUCAUAGAACAGUCUCAGUUGGAAUUUAUGGUCCCAAAUACAUUCACCCUUCUUUUACAGCAGUUUUUGCAGUCUUUGGUCAUAACUACAUUCCAGGAAAACUCACAGUUUGCGAUAUCAAAAAAGGAGGGAAGAAUAUGCCUCCUGUUGUGUUUCAGCUGUGGGGAAAACACACAUUUCUGCUUGAAAAGCCACAAGAUCUAAACAUUUCUUUGGUCUCCUGUGAUCCAAAUUUUGAAGUGAAGAUGGAAGAUCAAAGCAAAAAUAUUAAAGGGGAGGAGCUGAAAACUGGUGAAAUGGUCCGCCAACAAUUCCUGUUCUCCAUGCUUGGAUGUAGGGAGAUGCAUUUCUUUGUCUUCCUUGUUCAGAUUAAAGUCUUAAAAAGCAGGCAAGUGACACAGUUCCAUGUCACAACUCCUGAUCCGGCUCCAAAGUUAAGCGGAAUUAUCAACAGGCCAAAGCGCUUACAGAACCGCAAAGAGAUUAACUCCGCACCUUUGCUUUUGAUACCAACAGUUAAAUAUCCCAAGUUUCAAGACAAGACUUUGAGUGUUAAUACAUAUGGAGUGGCCUUGAAAACUGUCUUACGUCAAAAUAAGAUUGACUAUUUGCUAGAGUAUUUUAAGGGGGACACCAUAGCGCUUCUUGGUGAAGACAAAGUCAAAGCCAUAGGACAAACUAAAAUAAAGGAGUGGUACGUGGGAGUUCUCAGAAGGAAGGUUGGCCUUGUGCAUUGCAAAAACAUUAAAGUGAUUUCCAAAGAGCAGGCUAUGGACACUGCUGACAGCGAGCUAACGACCAGGAAUCUCGUUGAACAGAUUGCAUUGCCAUUCAAAAAGCUGACUUACAUCUACUCGGUCGUUCUGUCUACAGUAUCAGAGAGCGUCUAUGACUGGAGAGCUUUGGCUGAGGUGCUGGGUUAUUCACAUAUGUGUCUGGAUGACUUUGAUGAGGCACAUGUUGAUAAGGAAUCGGAGAGAAUUGCACAUGUUGUGAAGAGGAUGAAGGAAGACUGCCAUGCUAACAAAAAGAAGAGGCUGUUUCUUUAUGAGCUCAUUGUUGCACUUUUGAAAAUAGAUUGCCAGGGAUUAGUGGCACGUCUCACCCAGGACACCAUCAUUUUGACUUCAGCUGUCAAGCUUGGCAGAUGCUGGCGGGAGCUUGCAGAGAAGCUAGCUCGACUCACAAAGCAGCAGAUUGAGGCUUACGAGGUGCCGCACCAAGGGAAAAACGGAACAGUAGCUCUGGAGAUGAUGUGGAAACCUGCAUAUGACUUUCUCUACACGUGGGCUGCUCAUUAUGGAGAUAGCUACAGGGAUGUUUUACAGGACCUGCAGUCAAGCUUGGAUAAAAUGAAGAACCCAGUAACAAAACAGUGGCGAGAGCUAACUGGGACUCUAAUCCUUGUGAACUGCAUGGAGGUGUUAAGGGCAAGUGCUUUCUCCAAAAUAGAGGAAAAAGAAUAGACUACCAGGAGAAGUCUGGAAAAACUGUUCAGAAAAGUGUGCUGCUGAUAGUUGUGUUCCAGUGAUGCUUGCAGAGCAGGACAGAAUGCAGUUUGUUUUACCUGAGUCGAUGCUGGGACUAGCCUUGUGACUGUCAGCUACAGAUUGCUAAAGGCUACUGAGAAAAUAAGAAUGGAUGGUUAAACUAAUGAGGUCAACAGCAAUGGCUUGAAUUCUAUGAGGCAGCUUCUAAAAGGAGCUGCUUCUAGUUGCAGUGCCUUCUAGUUUUAAAAAACAGAGCUAUGCAAAGAUGAGUUCAGCCUGUGGGCCGAGGUUGACAUUGUUUUCAGUGAGGUAUUAAAAUCUUAAGUAUUUAACAGAUUGUUUUAACUUGUGCCCAAGCCUCUCAGCCCCUAAGUGAAUGACAAAAACUUUAGGAUUUGUCCUCAACUGGGGCAAAAUUAAUUCUAUCUUCUCACAAACCAGGAAUUCAACAGGUACUUGCACCUGGAAAAAUAAGUGUGUGAUGCUUAGUCCUUCAAAACAACUUCUGGCGUCUUGGUGGUGGGGUUUGGGUUGUGUUUGUCUGUUUGCUUUUAAAUUCCAGCAAUUUUGUCUAGAAUCUGUUGAGUGGAAAUUUAGGAAGUCUUCCUGGUGUACACUUUUUGGUGUGCUCUGAUUAAUUUGCUUAUUCCUGCCCUGUUGUUAUUAAACAGGCCAAUGGGGAAGAAUGGCUUUGUAGGUACAUGGGUUGUAGACAGUUCAUAGUGGUUUCUCUUGAUCGUUUUCUUCUACCUUAUUUCUUCUUAUGAAGAAUAUGAAUAAUGAGUAUUAUUUUCUAAAAAAUAAGUUACCAGUGGGGUGCUGUUUAGCUUAUUUAUGUAGCAGUUAACUAUCAUUAAUCAUAUGUUUUAAAAGAACCCUCUUUAAAG